CCCACGGCCCUGGCCUCUGCACCAUGACAGCCCCAAGCCAGAGGGUGCAGGCCAGCUGCUGGGUUGGGGGAAGGAGGGACUGAGGUGCCUGAGCUGGGGCGGAAGCAGAGUGGAAGAGGACCAGGACUCUAAGCUCUCCCAGCCCUCUAGGUGGGGGACACUAGCUGCACCCAAGCCCUGACCUCAGCUGACACUGAUGGUCCACAUGGGGCACAGGGUCUAAUUUUAGCUCCAGCCACAGGGCUGACAGCCCGGGAGUGGCUGCUAGCGGGCACAGAGGCAACUGGAGCUGCUCAGACAGGGGGACAAGUGGGGAGACAAGCCCUGCUUCCUUCCAGCCCCGCUUCCCGGCCAAGCUGCCCCCCAUGGGAGCCCUGACUGGUCCCCCAUGGCCUGGCAGACAGCCUUCCUCUUGGUCAAGGGCAAGGUCAGGGGAUGCAGCCAGGAGGGCAGAGGGACACGGCCUUGCGGUCUGGACAGGGGUUGCAUCAGCCUGAGCAGUACUGAAGGGCAGGGGGCCCUGCUGGUUGGGCAAAGCCUGGCUGGGUUGUCCAAAAGCAGAGGAAGCAAAGUCCUGAGCACAGGAAGGCAGGUCCAGAAAGCUGGGUCCUAUCUGGUCUCCUCAUGCCUGGCUGGUGACUUGCUAUUUGACCUUAGGCAGGCAGCCUGUUCUCGAGGGGCCUCAAUCUUCCCAUCUGUACCAUGAGAGUGCUGGGCUAGAAGACUGAGUCUCCCACCCUCAGGUCUUUGCUCUUCCAGCUUGCCGGCAGAGGCCUCCCAGCUUUCCCCAGCCCUGGCUGUGGGUGGCCACAUGCAGUCGUGGAGAAGAAAGUCCCUUUGGUUGGCACUGUCAGCUUCCUGGCUCCUCCUCAGCUUCCUGGGAAUCUUCCCCCUUCUUCGCCUGGCAGUGCCCCCCAGAUCUCGGCCAGGGGUCCCCCAAGGCUGGCCCCGCUGGCUGGAUGCAGAUCUCCUGCAGAGUUUCUCCCAGCCUGGGGAGCUCCUGGAAGAUGCCCCUCAACCUCCUCAAGCCCCCCAUGGUGGCAGCUGCAACUGGGGAGCCUGCUUUGACACCUCAAAGUGCAGGGGUGAUGGCCUCAAGGUGUUCGUGUACCCAGAAGCUGGACCAAUCUCUGAGACUCAUCGCAGGAUUCUGGCUUCUCUUGAAGGCUCCCGCUACCACACAUUCAGCCCUGCUGAGGCCUGCCUCCUCCUCCUCCUCAUCCCGGACACCUCCACUAGCGAGUGCAGCUCAGUGCCUCUGCAAUGGAAUAGAGGCAGGAACCACCUGGUCCUCGGUCUCCACCCAGCCACCUGCCUCCGGACCUUCCAGUUGGGACAAGCUAUGGUGGCUGAGGCCAGCCCCACGGUGGACAUCUUUCGACCCGGCUUUGAUGUGGCCCUCCCGCUUCUUCCCAAAGCCCACCCGUUGCGUGGUGGGGCUUCUGGCCAGCUGCGGCAGCACAGCCCCGAUCCUGGGGUAGCCCUGCUAGCCCUGGCAGAAGAGAGGGGUGGGUGGCGCACAGCAGGCACCAACUCCUCUGCCUGCCCCUGGGAUGGGCGCUGUGAGCAAGACCCUGGACCCGAGCAGACUCACUCCAGGGAAACACUGCCCAACGCCACCUUCUGCCUCAUCCCUGGCCACCUUCCUGAUGCCUCACACUUUCUGCAAGCCCUGCAGGCUGGCUGCAUCCCUGUGCUUCUCAGUCCCCGCUGGGAGUUGCCCUUUUCCGAGGUCAUCGACUGGACCAAGGCGGCCAUUGUAGCUGAUGAGAGGCUCCGACUUCAGGUCCUGGCUGCCCUCCAGGAGAUGCCCCCUGCACGGGUCCUCGCCCUGCGUCAGCAGACCCAGUUUCUAUGGGAUGCCUACUUCUCCUCAGUGGAGAAGGUCAUCCAUACCACUCUGGAGAUUAUUCAGGACCGAGUCUCUGGAGCAUCUGCUCGCCCCUCACUCCUGUGGAACAGCCCACCAGGGGCACUCCUGGCCUUGCCCACUUUUUCCAGGAGCCUCCAUGACUUCCCCUUCUACCACCUGCAACAGGGCUCCUGCCCCGAGGGCAGAUUCAGCGCUUUGAUCUGGGUGGGGGCCCCAGGCCAGCCCCCCCUGAAGCUCAUCCAGGCGGUGGCAGGCUCUCAGCACUGUGCCCAGAUCUUGGUUCUCUGGAGCAGCGAGAGGCCACUCCCGUCCACGUGGCCAGAGACAGCAGUGCCCUUGGCAGUCAUUGAGGGGCACAGGAAGGUCAGCGAUCGCUUCUUCCCGUACAGCACCAUCGGCACUGAUGCCGUCCUCAGCCUCGAUGCCCAGAGCAGUCUUUCCACAAGUGAGGUGGACUUUGCCUUUGUGGUGUGGCAGAGCUUCCCAGAGCGGAUGGUGGGCUUUCUGACUUGGAGCCACUUCUGGGACAAGGCCCGGGGUAGCUGGGGCUACACUGCUGAGAGGGCCAAUGAAUUCUCCAUGGUUCUCACCACAGCUGCCUUCUACCAUAGGUAUUACCACACUCUCUUCACCCAUGCCCUGCCCAAGGCUCUGAGGACCCUGGCAGAUGAGGCACCCACCUGUGUUGACGUCCUGAUGAACUUCCUAGUAGCGGCAGUCACCAAGCUGCCCCCUAUCAAGGUGCCCUAUGGCAAGCAGCACCAGGAGGCCGCUCCACUGCCUCCCGAGGUCCCCGGGAGAGGGCCAGAGCUGCAGCCGGCAACUCAGGACUGUAUCAACCAGUUGGCGGCAGGGUUUGGCCACAUGCCCCUAGUGUCUUCUCGCCUGCGUCUGGAUCCGGUGCUGUUCAAGGACCCGGUGUCGGUGCAGCGCAAGAAGUACCGCAGCCUGGAGAAGCCCUAGCAGGGACCCAGGGAGAUGCUAGCCCCGCUCCCAGGGGGCGCACUGCACCUGCCGGCGAGCUCAGCCCCUCCGGGGGACAUCGGACAGCCAAUCAUGGCAGCAGUCGGCCAACACGUCAAAUCCCGAUUGGCCAAUCACAGCCGUGGCUGCCUGGGGGGCGGGGUCGCACCCCGUCCCCGCCCCCGGCAGCUGUAGGAGGGGCCGCCUGCGCAGAGCUGGUUGCGCCUGUGCGUGGGCCGACCCCCUGACCUGGAGUGCGGGGCUCUGUUCCUCCACGGAGCUAACUUCUCCUUGUCUUUCAGAUCCUCGCCUCCUCCAGGGACUUGCCCGACCUUCGUCCCCGCCCCCGAUGAGUUCAGGCUCCUCCCUUCCGCUCUCGCAGCCCAGGGUUUGUCGCAGUCCCUGCCUGUUCACUCUGCCUGGCAGUGUGUCCGCCGUCACACCAGCCUGUGAGCCGCGGAGGGCCUGGCAGGUGCGCCGCAAAUAUUUGACAAAUAGUUAAGUGGAGAGACAUUAACUCGGCCCUAUGCCAGCGGGGCGGUAGUGGGGACAGGGUGUGCCAGGAGACAAAACUCCGUCCCCCACUCCUCAGGGUUCCCAGUCCAGGAAGGGCAGCUGCCCGCGUUGUCAGCUCAGUCUUUUGCGAAGGAUCAAAGAGGUGCGGGGAAGUCAGGAAUGGGGGGAGAAGACGGGGAUGGGGACCCCGGCUCAGGCACGUCCGCCCGCCCUGCAUUACCUGCCUGGACCACUAGAGGUCAGCGCCGACCCGCACUCCCUCCUCCAGGAAACGGAUUGGAGUUUUAAACACGCGCGGGUUAGACGGAGGGUAGGGGGACUUGCAGGGUUAUCCGUGUGUGCAGCCCGAGUUCUGAAAACUGGGGGAAGGAUGUGAAAAAACAGCUCCGCCCCUUUGACCUGCACACUUGGAACCCAGUAGAAGGGGCCGUUUCUAAAUGGGCUGGGCGGGAAUGGAAGGGGGUGUCCCAAGCACCCUGUAGGUGAGGGAAGAAUGGGGUGGACGCUGGGCCCUCCAGGGUUCAUCCACCUGGAACUGGAAUUAUCGCUUCCGAAAUAAAGCGCAUGUCCUUGCCCCCUCA